UUAAUUUCGGCUUAUGGACCGGCCGUGCCACCGGUACCCCCUUAGUCUCAGGUGGUCUUUUUGGUUAACGGUUGUCUCUCCUUCUCUUUCUCUCUUUCUCAGCGGCGACACUGUCAACAUUGGCACCUCUAAAGCGAAAGAAAGAAGAGGAGUUAUACGAAGGGUAUUUUCGUCACAAUAAUAUUAUAGGGAUUUUUAUUAUUUAUUUAUUUAUAUUAGUCGCAAGUCGCAACGGAUCCUCCGAUUUCAUCAUCGGUUAAAUCCAGAAACAGUGCUUUCUUCCUCCGCCGAAGCUAAGCUAUCGUUUCUUUCUCAAAUUCACACAUAAACCCUAAAUUUUCUCUCUGCUGUGUACUCCUACUCUUUAUUCAUCCCUAUCAGGAAAUUUAAGGUGUUAGUAUGAAUAAGUUUUUGGAAUUUGGAAGAAAAGCCUUAUUCUAUGUGAGAGUUCUUUCUGGGUAUGAAGAACGUAGAAUCAGAACUUUCAGAUUGCAGAUGGAGAACCGUAUUAAACAGGCAGAAGCAAAGAAGGCAGCCAUAAGAAAGAUACCAGAGCAGGUUAUUUUAUCAGAGGUUCGCCGCAUGGUUGAAGAGAUGCAAAAUUUGAAUAAGAAGCUAGAAGAAACAGAGGCUGCCAUUGAAGAUUACUUCAAGCCACUUGAUAAAGAAGCUGAGAUAUUAAUGAAAGCGCAACUUGAAGGAGAAGAAAAGACAAUGAGGCAGAUGAUGACAGCCAUGCAGCAACAGGCUUUGCUCGAAAAAACCGAGGCAGAGCAAAAUGCAAAAGUCCAUAAUGUAGACACGAAUAAUACGAGCACCCAGGAAUCAGAAUCCUCUGGCCCUCCUAACCAAGCUCAGAUGAGAUGAUCUCAUUCUCAUGCAAUAUAUAAUAGAUUUAGAAUUCAAUUUUGUGAGAUUACUUGCCAAUCGUGCUCGCGUAUAAUCAAUUGUGCUUUGACAUGAGUUUGUUUGGUUCGUAAAAUACCAAGUCAGAUCAAUAAGAUUUUGUCUGUGCAACUAUGAUAUCUUGUUUUGUCCUGAGAUUCAUUUCGCCCCAUAUGAUAAACUAAGUGAGAUUAUAUGGAACUUUUGGUGCACUUGGAGAAGAUGUGGAUGAAAGGGGUUUGGUCUAGGGGGAAGGUAUGGUCUAAGUUUCCAAAGUUAUUUUCUUUUUUAAGUUCAACAUGUUACCAUGAAAGUCCAAUGUUCAGGUGACUUUAUUGUUGGUCACUCCAUCUGCAGUUUUUUAUUAUUAUUAAUUUAUUAGCUGUUCUAUACAUGUUUUACAUUAAUCUCUGAAAUGUUAUUGUAGUUUUCAUUUUUUU